UCAGUUAUACCUGUACCAGUUGAACGUCGGGAGUGCGUCUUCACCUUACGGUGGGUCUACGUGGGUUUUGGAGGCGAUAUUCCAAACAUACGCUUGUGGUGGCAGGUAGCUCGACGGUGGUGCCGGUAUCCGGUACCAAUGGAAUCGAGUAUGUCCAGCCGGAAAGCUUGCAAUUCGACGAGAAAGAGGGCAGUUUCAUUAAUGUAGUACUUACAUACUAUCCUUCGUUGUCGGUUCAGCAGCCUACGGUUCCAACGUCUCGCGGCACCCUACCAGUUGCAGGGAACCCUCUCUCAGAGCAACUGCCGACUCGGUGUCGGACUACCACGCCACGUUGUGACCAAGCCGCAAGCUUAAGCGUGGCAAACAUGCUUCUGACUUGAAUAAAUCCUUAUUAGCAGCCUCUUGACAACCUUGUUUCCUUCAUUUCUUUCGUUUUCCUUCCAACGCUGAUGAAGAUCGAGUGGACUUCAGAUGCAUAUUUCCACCAUGACGGUACUCGCCGCAAAGUACCUCUGCCGUCUGUGAUGCAUGGAUGGCUCGCCAAGAUGCGUGGAACCCUGUUAGGAGACGAAGAUUUGAGAACCAGGGGCAUAAGGGAAAUGAGGGCUGCAGCGAAAUGUCAGGCAUUCAGAAAGGAGAAUGAAGCUAGGCGUUCCAGACCAUCUCGCUCGAGAGGUUUCUUCUCCAUUUUCCGAGCCGCCCACAGACAGAGGCCUCGCCGUUCCAAUACCAAGUUGUCUCGAGAGCGUCCUACUUUGCAUCGCUCUAAUCACUCAAGCCGAAGGGCUGUUGGACCAGCUCCUCGUAGAGACUCACAACGCCGUCCGCCUGCCCGAAAGGAUACUCUCAGGCGUGGAUACUCUUCACGGGGUCAUUCUGGUCGUGGGCAUGGUAGACCCAGCAUUAGACGAUAG